UUCACACAGUUGACUGUCCAGACAAAAGGGAUAUCUGAUACAUACUAUCAUACAAAUUACAAUAUGUUGGAGAUGCUUGAAUACAGCCAUUACCAGGUGCAGACCCAUCUGGAGAACCCCACCAAGUAUCACAUCCAGCAGGCCCAAAGGCAGCAGGUGAGGCAGUACCUGUCCACCACCCUCGGGGGUAAGCCUGGCAGCCAGGCCAGCAGCCUGCAGUGCCACAGCCAACCCCCAGAGCAAGGUAUGCCCCCCGGCCCAGGCAGCACUGCCCCCAACAGCCCCAUGGCCCUGCUGACCCUCACCUCAAACUGUGAGAAGGAGAUGGACGAUGUCAUCGAUGACAUUAUUAGCUUGGAAACAAGUUAUAAUGAUGAUAUUCUUGGCUUUAUGGACCCCGGACUCCAGAUUACAAAUACCCUCCCUGUAUCUGGUAACCUUCUGGACAUGUAUGGAAACCACGGACUUACCAGCAGUAACGCCUGCCCUGGUAGUUUAUCCAACAUAAAAAGGGAAUUCUCAGCUCCUGGAAUGAUGAACAUACUUGACAAGACUGCAUCCUGUGGCCAGUUUGACAACUACCAAAGGCCUGAAGGCUUUCCAGUUGCUGAGGUCCGAGCGAUGGCCAAGGAGAGACAAAAAAAGGACAACCACAACUUAAUUGAACGAAGGAGGAGGUUCAACAUCAACGAUCGAAUCAAAGAGCUUGGAACCUUGAUUCCGAAGUCAAAUGAUCCGGACAUGCGCUGGAAUAAGGGCACCAUUCUGAAGGCCUCAGUGGACUACAUCAGGAAGCUGCAGAGGGAGCAGCAGAGAGCCAAGGAGCUGGAGCUUAGACAGAGGAGGCUGGAGCAUGCCAACCGCCAUCUGAUGCUCCGCAUACAGGAGUUGGAGAUGCAGGCGCGGGCUCAUGGUCUUGCGGUUGUGCCGUCCCCUUCCCUCUGCUCCUCUGAGCUGAUGUCCCGAGCCAUCAAGCAGGAGCCCAUCCUAGGAGACUGUCCGUCAGACCUGUACCAGAAGUCAGGCCCCGACAUGUCCCCUACCACCACACUAGACCUCAACAACGGCACCAUCCACUUCAAUGACAGCCCUUUGGAUGCAGGGGAACCAGGGGCCUAUGGCUCAAACAAGGCCUCCACUAAACUGAAGGACAUAAUAGACAACACCCUGUCACCCAUAUCAUCCCUUCUGUCCUCAGUGUCUCCAGACGCCUCCAACAGCGGCAGCAGGCGUAGCAGCAGCUCAAGCAUGGAGGAGAAUAAUCCUGAUUGUUAGCACUGCCCACGAGCUCAAGUCACACUCACAUUUUAGCAUAUUGUUAUUACUGUGAUUGUUAUUACUAGGUUCUGCUAUUGAUCUAUUCCACGAGACACUUCUCUGCUGGCGUCCUUAGAUGUCCUCCAGCUUUCCUUCCCUUGUCUACAGACAUUCUGUCUUUUGCUUUUGUUUGUUUUGCAAUGUCAUUGUGUCUCUGUCUGGAACCAAAUCUGACGGUUCAGAUUAGUUUAUUCUGCUCCUUAGCUGGCUGCUGAGAUUUACUGUACAAUAAGAUUCACUUUUCAUGGGUGAAUUAUUUGAGAGAAAGUGCACAAUAACAUGGCAAGAUUUGAUAUUUUUCUCAUGUCAUGACUAUUUGUUAAAUUAGAGUUUAAAACAUUUGUUUAUUACAGUAUAUGAUAUCAUACAGAAAUAUAUAUUCAGUUGAAUACUUUGUUCAUGAACUGAUAAUAACAUAGUACUAAGCAUUUAAGAUGAGCUAAUACUUCUUACCCUGAAAUUAAAUUCAGAAGCAAUGGUUUGAAAGCCACAAUUUUAUUUUUGCGAAUAAGAAACAACUUGCAGGAACAAUGAAUGCCCUUUUUUCCCUACAUGGUGAUCGCUAAAGUGAAGAUAUUUGUA